UCCUCAUCCACACUUUCAACACUCAAACGAUCUAUUCCACGUCUUUGGCUAACGCCCCUUGUUGUAACCACUACUACUUUUAACUCCUUAAUCAAUAACCCACAUUCACAAUGGCUGGCGGCGAUAUCAAGAAGGGUGCCAACCUUUUCAAGACCCGAUGUGCUCAGUGCCACACCGUUGAGAAGGAUGGUGGCAACAAGAUCGGACCUGCUCUGCACGGUCUCUGGGGCCGCAAGACCGGUUCCGUCGAGGGUUACUCUUACACCGAUGCCAACAAGCAGAAGGGUAUUGAGUGGAACGACGACACUCUCUUCGAGUACCUCGAGAACCCCAAGAAGUACAUCCCCGGUACCAAGAUGGCCUUCGGUGGCCUGAAGAAGGCUAAGGACCGCAACGACCUCAUUGCCUACCUCAAGGACUCCACCAAAUAAGCGACUACAAAUCGCGUGUAAUGUUACGACUUUCGAUAGAUGGGAACCGCCAAGGGGCGACUGUACUAUAGAUUUUUACACAGCACUUGUUAAGACAUGCCACGUGCUUUACCCAUUCCUAUCUCCUCUUUAUGCGUCUCCGUCCGAUACACUUUUUUGAAAGAAAGCCCGGCGUUGGAUGAGGCAAACGGGAAUGACAUGAGACAUUAGCACAUAAAAUGUCCGCCUCUUUGCAUUCAGAGAUUAUGUUUUGUUACGAUUAGACAGAGAUUAAAAGCAUCUCAAAUUCUCACCUCCUACCUCGA